AUGGAUUAUCAAAGUUAUGACAACAAUGAUUUGAUUAAUGGCACUAAUAACCAAGACCCUAAUCUUGUUCUUCAUUCAAACGGAGAAACAAAUUUUGCUGGCUCGGCUCCUAUUCAAAACAAUCAAGAUGCCGAGUUUACUGACUUUACCCAUGGAAAAUUAGCUCAUGACAAUCUCAAUCAACAAGACUCUUUUAGCAGCUAUUCUGUUAGCCCAAACAGUGUGAUUCAAAUGGGUAUCAAUAACCAAAAUCUUAAUCUUGUUUCUCAUCCAAACGGACAAACAAAUUUUACCGGUUCGGCUUCUAUUCAAAAUAAUCGAAACGUCGAGUUUACUAACUUUACCCAUGGAAACUUAGUUUACAACAAUUUCAAUCAACAAGGCACUUUUAAUAGCAAUUCUGACGGUCAAAACAGUAUGAUUCUAACAGGUGCCAAUAAUAACAAUAACAACAACGUGAGCACUGAUUAUCGAGGCUUUCAAAUUACUAAUACUUAUCAAAAUGACCAAAUAGUAAUUAGCCGCCAGCAGCUUCUAGAUAUUGUUAAUCAACUGUUAGAACUAUUAUAA